CUUGCCUCUUCGUCCAUCCGCGUCUCGUCUCUUCGGGCUCCCGUCUGUUCAUCUUCCGUGCCGACCACUCAUAGAGAGUCGUGGAACGUCAAGCGAGGCGUCUAACCGCCAACUCAUUCAUCACAUUUACGAUGCCUCCUCCUGACACGCACCAUCCAUGCUCGUGCAGAAGAUCCCACCGACUCUGCGCGCUCCGUCCAGUUGAGUAGGCGCCCCAAGAGCCAUGCAGCUGUAGCGGCCCCGACUAUAACGGGGGAGGUCAGUGGUGUGCGCUGGCCGAGCGUCAAUGGGCUCAUCUUCAUAAGAGGGCCUCGCCGCCGUCCAACAGGUCUGUGCCAGUGUAUUUCUUGUUUCAAUCUAUUAUCAGUCCUUGUUCUGGUGCGCUGGUUUCGCAUUUGCCUUAUUUGUCUGAUUGUUGCUUUGCUGUACUACUAUACUUUUCUAUCCUGUUCAAGCUCUGUCAUGGACAACGCUCCUUCUACACGUCCUGUGUCGUCGUCGUCCGGGAACCGCUCCACUAGUCCACUGGCAGUGCGAUCUCGAUCUCGGUCUCGGUCCAGCACACGGAAACAGCCCGAGCCAUCCUACGAUGCGGCAGCCCUGAUGCUCGACCCGUCACCUCUUUUGACCUCGUCCCUGCACUCUCGUAACUCGGCCUCCACGGCACAAGAGUCCGAGUACUUGAAACGAGCACGCUGGCUCGGAUGGACACGGCUAGGUCUUGCCCUGUUGACCAUCGCCUCUGCCGCGGCUGCUGUUGGAUGUGCAGGUCAUGUCCUACACAGGUACAACGCAACUCAUUUGGAAAGCAAAUACCAUCUCUCCCUGUGGCCUCGCAACGUUGACCUUAGGCCUACGAUCGCCAUCCUGGCUUCUGCGGGCAUAAUCACCGCCAUCAACAUUGGGUAUUUGGUGUUUUGGUUCAUCCCAACGCCUCACUCUCGUACCCUGUUGUUCAAUGUGGUGUUCAUGGUGUUGGCAAUUGUAGGAUUGAUCCUUUGCAUUUUCGCCAUCCCCUUCGACAUACUCCUCACCGAUCCAUCCCAUCACCGUCAAAGGGAGUCGCUGCAGUCGUGGACCUGCAAGUUCUCCAAUGGCGCACACAAGUUCAAGUCUGAUAUGGGGUCCCUGCAAAUCUCGGUCUCGGCGGCAACUAACAUCCCUGUCCCUGCUGGCUUCGCAAGACUAUGUAUGGAGAGCCAGGUCAGCACCGGGUUGAUGGUUGCGGUGUUGUCUUUGCAGGCUCUAAGCUGGGCCGUGGCUGCGCUAGGGAUAUUCUUGGAGAGGAAAAUGGCCAGAGCCAGGAUGGAAAGAUACGCCAAUGUUGAGAAGGCCCAGCAUGUGACCUAGUGGCGGGCUGGCUUGCCUGGCCCUUGGGCCUUGGACCAAUUCGUGCUCGGUGUUGGACAGGAGCGAAAGUCGACAAACAGGAAGGCGUUCUCUGCAAUAUGCUCCUACUGGAGCGACUCUUAGCGGGUACUUUACACCUUGAGAUUACGCAGGCGAGAAAGAACUUGUAAAUUAGAUUGCAUAUCAACAAGGCAUUGAAGACCAUCUACAAUGAGAGGAUGAGGAGGGUAGCAAUGCCAUGCCAUGCCAUGCCGUUGUAUUCUCCAGAACGCCGCUAGGAUCAUCA